AUGAUAGUAAACGGUACAAUAUUUCAAAUAUCAGAAAUACAAAACAAACCGCCGCAAUACGAACAAUUAUUAGCCGACGUAUGGGUCGGCAUAGUAUUGACAUUAUUAUUAUUAAGUUGUGUUUGUUGCAUGUGUUCGUGUUUGUUGUAUCAUAAAUUUCAACAGUGGAAAAGAUCAGCACUUAGAAGUAACGAUGAACUUGACGUCACUUCAUCAAGCGGAAUGAACGUGGAUUGCGAAUCGUUACCUAGUUACACGAUGGCAUCAGGUUUACCAACAUACGAAGAAGCCGUACAACAAAUGGAUAAAAAAUCAGAAAAAUCAUCCGAUAAUAAUUUAUUUAAAUCAUCGGAACAGUGGCAAAAUAUAGAAAAUAAAAAUUCCUCAGUUUUUGAUUAUUUUCAAAGUUUAACAAUGGAAAAAACAUGA